GUCCAGGGAGUCGCCGUUGUGGCUCCUAUUCGAAGGCGACGGCGGUCGUCUGUGUUUCUGCUCUAAUCUUAUCUGUAACCCUAAAUUCCGCCAAGCAGAGUCAGGGAAUUAGAUCCACUUUCAUGUUCUGUUUAUUCCAAGUUCUUCUUAUUCGUGCGCUCGGUGGGGCUCUGGAAUGAAGGCGUGUGCGGAGAAUUUGAAUUAGCUCGCAGAUAGUUUGAAGAAAGAGUGAGUUGGGGUAGAGACGUAGAGAGGAGCCAUUUUGUCCCGACUGUGUGGGAGAAAAGAAAGAGUGGAAAAGGGGAAUCGAACGAGAGGAGAUACAAUUUUUUUUUGCUUUUUGUUCCUCAUGUUGUAAUUGAAGAUAUAUUUCGGGACAUUUCAACUUCUUGGACACAUUUUUUAGUCCUUUAUUUGGGUGGUUAUUUUAGCCUGCUACUAGCUCUCCAAAGCUAAUCAACAAAUCCCAGAUUGUUAACAGCCAGGAGGGCUGGAGCAGUUUGGUCAAGUUGGCCACGGAGCUGGAUUUAGACUUUACGUAGCCGUGCUAGUGUUUCGUUUGUUUAUUUUUGUAUCCGAGUGAACACAUACUGUUUUCUCAAUGGCGAAAAAGACGUACGACUUGCUGUUCAAGCUGCUGCUGAUCGGCGACUCGGGUGUGGGGAAGACCUGUGUGCUAUUCCGCUUCUCUGACGACGCCUUUAACACAACCUUCAUCUCUACCAUAGGAAUAGACUUCAAGAUUAAAACUGUUGAAUUACAAGGAAAGAAGAUCAAACUACAGAUUUGGGACACAGCAGGGCAGGAACGGUUCCACACCAUCACCACCUCCUACUACAGAGGAGCUAUGGGCAUCAUGCUGGUGUACGACAUCACUAACGCCAAGAGCUUUGAAAACAUCAGCAAAUGGCUGCGCAACAUUGAUGAGCAUGCAAAUGAAGAUGUUGAGAGAAUGCUGCUAGGCAACAAGUGCGACAUGGAGGACAAGAGGAUUGUACCAAAAGCCAAGGGAGAGCAGAUCGCAAGGGAGCAUGGCAUUAGGUUUUUUGAGACGAGUGCUAAGGCCAACAUCAACAUCGAGAAGGCUUUCCUCACGUUAGCAGAAGACAUCCUCAGAAAGACGCCUGUAAAAGAGCCCAACAGUGAAAAUGUGGACAUCACCAAUGGAGGUGGAGUCACAGGCUGGAAGAGCAAGUGCUGCAGCUGAACAACUCCUCAGUUUUCACCCACACUAACGCACACAGUCUCACACACACACAGACACGCAUACAAUCUCUUUAACUGCUAACUCUAACUGUCUCGCCCUCUAACCUGUCUCAUGAGUUUUUCUCUUACACUGACAUUUUGUCUCUUUAUCAGAAUAAAACAAUAAACCACUUCAGUUGUCUAACCACCCUCUCCUUCUCCACAUCAUAUUCCUCCACCAUGCAUCUGAUUAUCAUUUUUAUUUCUGAUAAAAGGAGAAAUCCAGUCACGUUUCUUGUCAUUUGUUUUAACGGUUGUUUAAAAAGAAAAGACAAACCUAUGAAAAGACAAUAUUUUUAAUAUUUCCUUUUGCUUGAGCUCACUUGGUUGGACUCACUACCCCCCCUCCCGCCCUUCUAAACACCGCCCACCCACAGCUCUCACUUUCAGAGAAACUAAACAAAAAAUAAAAUCAGACCAAAAAAAGAAACUACUAUAGUAGUAACAUUUUGUACACUUAGUGGGCUUUCUGUCAUCUUACUGUGUUUGUUUAUUUACACUUUGUUACUGAGUGACAGAGGCGUGGCUAGCUCCUUUUGUAUGUGGGGGUUUAUUUUGUCCUGUGCCUUAUAUGGAAGACAGGGGUGUGGCUGUGUGGUGGGUGGAGCCACAUCUACCCAAUGAGAUUACAGUUCAAUAAUCUGUCAGUUUUUGAAGAAGUGGAACUGAAGCUAAAACGUUUGAAUUUCUUCUUCAGCCAAGAGAACGGUAUUAUACAGUAUGUCCUGUUUAUUGAUGUUUUAUUUUUAUCUGUAUGGAUUAUUUUACUUUAUAUGUUUGAGUUCUUUUUUUUUUUUUUCCUAUUUUUUUUUUCUUUUUUUGCAUGCAGGUUUCUUUGGGUUGGAGACGUUUCUGUAACAUUGUGUAACGUUUGCCACUGGGUAACUGUGGGCUGGGAGGUACACAAGUUCUCUUUGGAAAUUCAGACAGUUUUGCAGAUCCAUUAAAAAGUAAGCUUGUUUAAGUUAA